AUGCUACCAGACGAUAUUCAAAAAGCAGACUGGCUGCUGGGCUCAUGGGUGCCGCCACCCGAUCCACGACGGCCAGAUUUCCCCUACCACAACGGCCUCACUCUCACCAUCCGACCUCAUGUCCCUCCACCUCCAUUUGGAUUGACUGGAUAUACCAGAGGGUUGGAGCGUCAAGAAGCACCACGGGAAGAGGUCGCCAAAUUCCCACAGAGUGAAUGGUGCCUGCGCAAUCCUGUCGCCGAAACCGCACCGCACCCAGACGUCACCGAAGAGCAGAUGCUGAAGAUUGUUGGUUGCAUCGCUUGCAAGGACGGCCGUGGUGCCCAGGUCGUACGCUGCCAAGUAGGCCACGAUUUGAGCAACGUAUAUGUCGCGAAGAUCUACGAUCCCCUUUACUACUCCUUCUCGGACCCAGACUUUGGCACCCCCAUCGACGUAACGUACAGAGCAGACCAAGACUAUUCUCGAGAGACAGCUGCAUUCGAAGACCUCAAAGCCGACGGGGCGGAUGGCCGCUUCUCUCCCAAAUACUAUGGCUCCUGGACUUUCGACAUGCCUUUGACAGGCACUCCUCCGGUGUUGCGACCAGUCCGCUUGGUGCUCAUGGAGUACAUCAAGGGGACUGACCUCUGGACCAUCAUGGAGAGAGACGGAGAGGCUCUCGGGUUCCAUACCGUCCCUCCUGAACAAAGACUCGAAAUUUUCGCCAAAGCUGCCGAAGCUGAGACGAAUUUGAAGUUUCACGGCGUCAUCCACCGAGACUUCUCGCCCAGAAACGUCAUGAUCGCAGACCCUGUUACCAGCGAGGGAGUUGACUCCCACACUCCCCGGGUAAUAUUGAUCGACUUCAACAACUCCACCUGCGCCAACCGCCCGAACUACAUUUACAAAGAAUUUUGGGAGACACCUCCCAUCCCCGUUAGUCCACGUUACAACUGGUGGGGAGGAUGUCCCAAUGAGUUUUCGCAGUGGGUGCCGGAACCGCAUCGCUCCCAGGAUGCUGUCUUCAAUGGCUGGUUGGUGACGCGGUGGCCGGAUCCUUCUAGCGGAUACUUGCUGCUUCCAUUCACAUUGCCUAGGCAUGUCCGCAGAGCUGGUCUGAUUGAGUACGCUUUGCCAGUCCCUGAUACUGAACCCGUCUUUGCACAAGUGUACAGUCGUCAGUAUGAGCUGCCACCCAUGCCUUGCUCUCCAAUCGACACAAAGUCUCCGGACGGAUCGAGCGAAGCAAAGACGCCAGACACUAGUACUGGACCAGACGGAAGAACCUCACCUCAAAGUGAACCCGAGGAUUUUGAGAACGAGCCCAGUGUCGUUGAACUACAAUACCACGAGAGUCUUUGGACUGAAGGCGGGGCAUCAACAAGUGAAAUGAAGGAAGAAGACAUGAACCUCCUUGGAGUUGGAAGCAAUGAAGCAAGGACAUCACAUGAGGGCAUCAAUUUGGAGGACAGCCAAUUCACUCAGGGCUAA